GGUCUCCCGCUCGCUCGCUCACACUCCGCUUCCCCGCCCUUAUCCUGAGGCUCGUUCCCGUGCGCCACCACCGCAGGUCGCCGAAAACCCCGUGCUCCAUCAGCCGCGGCCGAGGCAGGAUGGUCAGCGAGCAAGCGCCGGCGGCGGAGGUGGAGAAGACCGAGGCGGCGGCACCCGCGGAGAGCGAGGAGCCCAAGGCGGAGCAGCAGGCGGCGGACGAGGCGCCGGUCGUCGAGGACGUCAAGGAGGACGAUGACGAUGACGAUGAAGACGACGACGACGAAGCUGAUGAUGGUGAGCUCGGUGCAGGGGCAACCGAGGGCUCCAAGCAGAGCCGGAGCGAGAAGAAGAGCCGCAAGGCCAUGAUGAAGCUCGGAAUGAAACCCGUCACCGGCGUCAGCAGGAUAACCAUCAAAAGAGCCAAGAACAUACUGUUCGUGGUGUCCAAGCCUGACGUGUUCAAGAGCCCGACGUCGGAGACGUACGUGAUAUUCGGCGAGGCCAAGAUCGAGGACCUGAGCUCGCAGCUGCAGGCCCAGGCCGCGCAGCAGUUCAGGAUGCAGGACCUCAGCAAGGCGACGGCCAAGCAGGACGCGGCGGCCGCGGCGCCGGCCGACGAGGAGGAGGGGGAGGUGGACGAGACCGGGAUCGAGCCCCGCGACAUCGACCUCGUCAUGACGCAGGCCAGCGUGUCGCGGGCCAAGGCCGUCAAGGCUCUCAAGGCGCACGACGGCGACAUCGUCAGCGCCAUCAUGGAGCUCACGGCCUAGACCGAGACCGACCCUUGGUCGCUGCUUGCCCGCAGCCUUGCUUGCUACUUCGUCGUCGGAGAACACCCGAUGGAAAUGGAAUCAGAUGUUUUCAUUUAAUUUUGGGGAUUUGCAAUAAGAUGUUUUCAUUGUUCUCCUUAUGCUCAUGGACGUUGCAUCAUGUCAGUUUCCAGAUUAGUGUCAUCUUCAUCAAGUUGUUAAUCGAAUUAUCAUUUCAGUAUCUUUCUAGACGAGCACGUAUUAUUCCCUUGCUACCAGGUGGCAAGGUCAUUCUAUC